AUCAGAUUUCCAGCGUUUCAUUCAUUUGGAAUAUAUGGAUCGGGUGAGCCGCAUGAAAAGGUGGGUGGGCCGUAAGGCCGCCUUCCUUCUACGAUCUUGCUUCCCCCGACGGGGGAGAGAGGAAAGGCGACACCACCUUGGGGACGAAAGAACCCAAGAAGACCAAAGCCGCCUUCCAUCUGAGCCGAUCUCGUCUCCUCCCCUGGGGCUCGACGACCACGCCCACAAUCGGUUUCUGUCUACACCACGCCUCCCGGAGCUCCUGUUCGGGCUCCUCGUGGAUCCCGAUCUGGUCGAACACAUGUCCCAGCUGUUGUUCAGAUUUUCGCCCAGGACGGGACCACGAGAUGCUGACGAAGAUCACAUCAUCCUUCACAACGUGGAAUACUUCUACAAGUGGGAGUUCGAACCCGGAGAGAAAGAGAAGAUCACCUUCCGUUUGGACUUCCUCGAAUGCGGGGCCAAGCUCACGUGCUCAAUGUCCAUCGACACGCUCGCCGGAUCCCGGAUCGGCUUCCGAGUCGAAUACGAGGCUGCGUCCAUCGGCGGCUCGUUCCCCCCGAGGCGGGGGAAGUUCUCCCAAAUCUAUGGUCCCACUGCCGAGUCCGACGGCGAGUGA